AUGCUACUCAGGGGAGGAAGCAGGUGUAGUAGCAUAGAGGCCUACGAGAAGGUCUGCAGGAUAUCCUCAGGAAGCUUUGGAAAUGUAUAUAAGGUCAAGCGCGCUGGGGACGGCAGGGAGUUUGCCCUUAAGAGGAUGAACCCGUCUAUGUGCCACGACACCAACGGAUUUUCGAUUCUUUAUAUAAGGGAGGUGAUGAUUCUGAAGCACACAAGAAACAGAAAUGUGAUGAGGAUUGAGGAAGUUGUUGAAGGCAAUGAGAUCAACGACUUCUUCAUUGUGAUGGAAUGCUGCGACAUAGACCUGAGGUCUGCCAUCCAAAGAGCGGGAAGGAUGGAUGUAAGGCUGAUUAGGUUCUUCACACGCCAGAUUCUUGAAGGGCUCAAGUUUCUGCAUGGGGUUGGAGUGGUUCACAGAGAUCUGAAGCCAUCAAACAUCCUCCUCAUGAGAAAUGGAGAUCUGAAAAUAGCAGACUUUGGACUGGCUCGGGUUGUGGGGAGUGCAAUGACUAAUCUUGUUGUUACGUUGUGGUACAGGGCCAUUGAGGUACUGCUUGGGUCAGAGAGUUACGACGAGUCGAUUGACAUGUGGUCUGUUGGGUGUAUUGUUGGAGAGAUGGCGAAAGGAGAGCCGAUCUUGCCUGGUGAAGGAGAGAUAAACCAACUAGACAGGAUAUUCAGGCUCUUAGGAUAUCCUGCGAAUUCUGACUUUGAAGGGCUGGAUCUUCCUCAUCUGAAGAACAUCAGGAAGCCUGAGAGCUUUCUGGCAGAUUUUGAUGAUGUGUUUGAGGGAUAUGACCUUGGGAUGGUUGCUUUUGUAAGGAAUCUGCUAUCAUUUGAUCCCAGAAAAAGGUACUCGGCAUCCCGGGGCCUUUGUAGUGAGUUUAUGGCUGGUGGGCAAGAGUGCCGGAAAGAACUUGUUGAAGACGCAAUGAGGAUGUGUACUGAGGGCCCUGGUGUCUGA